AUGGGAUUUUGGUCACGAUUUUAUAACGCUGUUUCAUCACCUGGUCGCCGUACGAGAAUUGAAGUUGCAGCCCCAACACAAUUUAUUUCAAAAAUCAAAUAUGAAGAUAAUUCAAUAGGAUUUUUAAAGACAGUAGGUGAAGAACAUACAAAUGAAAUUAUCUUCUAUAGUCCAGAGGAGAAGAAACCGUUAGCUAGUCGAUUAUUUGAUUCAGUGACUCAAUAUGCUGGUUCUCGUGUUACCUUUUUAUUGACACUUUUUAUUCUAGGUGUUUGGGGGGUUGUAGGUAUCAUCUUGGGAGCCCCAGAGAAUUGGCAAAUUGUAAUGCAGGAUGGCAGCUCAAUCCAAUGUUAUAUUUCAGAUACUCUUUUAAUACGUCAGCAACAUAAUCAUUGUUAUAAACUUUUAUCUACUCUCUCUCAAAUCAGGUCUCGAAGUGUCACGAUCACAAGAAUCUUUCAUUCUUCUCAUCUCUCUCAUGUUGAUACGGAAGUGGUGGAUUAUAUGAAGAUUAAGGAUAAUGUAGGUGACGCUGUUGAAUUACCCGUCGAGAAUUGGUUUGAUAGAUGCUGUAACUGGGUUUCAUGGGCUGUUGGUUCCAUGGCUUCAUUAGCUCUUUACUGGGGUGGUGUCUUUGCUUGGGUAGGUGUAGGUGACAUGCUAGGUUGGAGUGAUUUAUGGCAACUCUAUAUUAAUACAGCUGUUGCAGUUGAAUUGACAUUUACUUCCAUGUUCUUACAAAACACAUGUCGUCGUCAUAUGGAAUAUCUCGAAAAAUGUUUAAAGAAUAUUAUUGAAACAGACAUCUCAUUAGAAGUCCUUUUACGUAAGGCCCUUGAUGAUAAUCAACCUAACCCUACUAUCUCCGUUGAUCCUCCCAAGGUCUCACGUGGAAUUCGUGCGAUUGAUUAUUACGGUGAUGUUGUUGGCACUGGAAUUGGUGCCUUUAUCUCUGUUUGUGUCUUUAUCAUCUGGUUAUCUAUUGGCGAUAUCAUGAACUGGAAUGAUAACUGGUGGUUAAUUAUCGGUACUUAUACAGGCCUUGUGGGUUUUAUUGAUGGCUUUGUCUUGAGAAAUAUAUAUUUCCGUCUAGAUCUUUGGCUAGAUGAGCACUUUGAUUAUAUAAAGAAGGCUGAUGAGGGACUCUAUCAAUACUUGAAUAUAUCUCUUCCAACAAAGCCCGUCGAGAAAAAUAAUUCGAUUAUUACUACUGUUAGUAACUGGAUGGGUUAUAUAUGCGCAUUACCCCAUGCUGUUUUAGCAUCUGUUUUUAUUGUUGUUGGUCUCCUUGGUGUUGCAAGCGGUAUGAAAUGGAGCGAAACAGGUCAACUACUUUGUAAUACUCCAACAAUGAUCAUUGAAGGAUUUUUAUUAAUCGUCUUAAUUCAAGCUCAUAACAUGUCUGAUUUAAAACGUAGAGUCCAAUUACAUGAUAUUUUACUCCGUAGACUUAAGCUCUUUCAAUUCGCUCUUAUCGCUACUCAACUCGACCAUUCUAAUAAUAAUGAAAAAAAGGAAAGAGGAGUGUAA